UUGCAGAGAAUGGCGGAGCAGCAGCCACACCCGCAGCAGCGCAUGAACCACUCGGCGGUGCGCGAGCAGGUAGAGGCGGGCAUGCUGCAGUCUUAUGAUGACGCCUUCGUGGACCUUGGGUACCAGCACCACCACCACCAGCAACAGCAGCAACAGCAGCAGCAGCAGCAACAGCAGCAACAACAGCAGCAGCAGCAGCAGGAGCUGCAGGGCUGGUACCCCGUGCACGUCCAGGCUCCGGACUCGUCCUCGGCGAUGCGCCAGUGGACAAACGCUGAUUGCCUCGUCCCCUCGCCACACGUGUCUCCGUUCGGGGGGAUGCCGAAUGGCAUGUCCAACGGCAUGUCCAACGGCCGGAUGUCCCUGAUGAACGGCAGUGGAGACGCCGACGAGGAGCUCAAGCUGAAGGUGGAGACCACGUCGCAGGACUGCCAGGCCUUCAGUCUGUUCUCCAAGGACUCUACGGUCUCGGAGGAGCGGCCGGACUCGCUGGGGCUGGAGGACGGCGCGCUGGACGGCGCCCUCGGCGGGACGCCCGCGCCGACACGGCUGCCGGGCUUCCAAGAGACGUUCUGCUCCAACGAGGCGGGCGUGAGCCGCGGCUUCGACGGCUUCUACAGCAGCGGCGACCUGGAGCUGCAGGUGCAGGUGAGCUGCGCCAGCCCGCCGCCGUCCCCGCCGCCCGUGCCGCCGCCCGUCUCCACGCGCGGGCGCGGUGGGGGCCGCGGGCGGGGCCGCGGUCGCGGCGCGGGAACCGCGGGGGCCGCCCGCCGCCGGGCCCCCGUCCGACGGCAGCGACGCAACUCUCCGUCGGGGCUCGGCCUCGGCAACGGCGCCAUGAGCGACGACGAGAACGCGCUCAUGGGCCAUAUGAACGGCAUGGGGAACGGCUUGCACGGUGGACUUCACGGCGCCAGGAUGUCGCCGGGACUGAGUGGCGAGAUGCCGGGGAUGGGGUCGGGGAUGAGGGGCGUGCCGUAUGGCAUGCCGAGCAGGAUGUCCCCUGGAAUGGGUCCGCCCGGGAUGUCCCCGGGCAUGCCCAACGGCAUGCGAGCUGGCUACUCCCCCGGGCUGCCAAGCGGCUUGCCAAGCAGGAUGUCACCGGGAAUGUCCAACGGCAUGCACAACGGUAUUCCCAACGGCAUGGCCAGUCGGAUGUCCCCGGGGAUGUCCCCCAGUAUGCUGGGUAUGUCUAACCGGAUGUCGCCAGGGGUGUCGAACGGUAUGCCGAGUAGUAUUUCAAAUAGAAUGUCUCCAGUUAUGUCGAAUGGCAUGCCUGGCAAUGUGGCUAACCGUAUGUCUCCGGGCAUGCCGAAUGGCGUACCCGGAAGCAUAUCUAGCCGAAUGUCUCCGGGGAUGCCGAGUAAUAUUUCUGGAAGCAUAGUUAACCGAAUGUCCCCAGGAAUGUCGCAUGGUAUGCCUGGCGGUAUGUCAAGUCACAUGUCUCCAGGGAUGUCAAACGGAAUGCUCGGGGGCAUGCCCAGUGAAAUGUCACCAGGACUACCGAACGGUAUGCCCAACAGCAUGUCGGCUCAUCGGAUUCCUUCAGGGGUGUCGACUGAAAAGACAUCCCCGGACCGCUCGAGCGAUGUGACGACUGGCAUACCGAACGGUUUUUCUGGUGCCCUGUCAGAGAGGCCGUCCCCCGGGUUGCCCAACGGAGUGCCGAGUGACAUGCCUACAUCGGCCGCCGAGAGCGUCCCUGGGAGCAAGCCCGAUCGCAUGCCUCCUGAACCGUGUGGCGAAGGAACCCCGGACACCAAAGGUGACAUCCUCGGUGUCGGCACCUCCCCCGAAGAGACGCCUCCAGAGUGCGAUGCGCAGCACGCAGAGAAAACGGUCAUCAAGCAGGAGACCGUGGAGGCUGCCGACGCCGACCAGGACAAGCCCCCCAAGAGAGCCUUCAGCCCGCACCCGCAGAGUGCAACGCAACAGUCGCCCAAGCAGCCGGCGCUGCAUUCGCCGUUGGAGUCCCCCUCGCUCUUCGGGUCCUUUGGUUCGGCUCAGGCUCCGGGCCAGGGCAUGCAUCAGCAGCCUCAGUCCGGCUCGCCGAAGCAGCAGCCUUCUCCUCAGCAACCGCUCUCUAUGUCGACCGUCUUCAGCCAGCAGGAGCGACAGUCCCCGAAAGCAGCCCCCUUCAACCAGCAAGCGUGUCGACAGCCCUCACUCAGCCCGUCCCUCUUCUCUCAAUCCCCCUCUGCACAGUCGCCCCAUCAACCGCUUUCGUUCGCACAGCAGCCCUCCUCCCAAGACUCUCCUCAGCGAACCUCGGCUGAUUCCUCGCCCUUUGGCCAGCAACCAGUGCAACAGUCCCCUCAGCAAACCCUCCCCAACUCUGUCUCGUUCGCUCAGCAGGCGUCUCAGCAGGACUCUCGGCAGCCCUUAUCAAAUGCAUUCUCCCAACAACUCUCGUCCUCGCAGCAACCGAUGUCGAACUCUCCCUUCCCCCAGUCCUCUCAGCAACAGAUACCCACUCCCUCCUUCACUCAGCAGGCUCCUCAGCAGCCCCAACCCAUGCACAACUCGUCUCCGUUUUCCCAGCAACAGUCGCAGGAGAGUGCUGAGCAAGGCAUGGGCAGCCAGCAAUCGUUUGCUCAGCCCUCGUACAGAGGUGGUCAGCCAAGCGCCGCUCAGGCCAACGCUCAGCAGUACGCUCAGCAGCAGGCGAGGCAGCAACAGCCGCAGCAGCAGGGGCAGUUCCCUCAGCAUUAUGGGCAGCAGGAACAGUGGUACGCGGCGCAACAGGGCUACCAGUGGCAGGGCUACCAGCAAAACAACUACCACAAUGACUAUCAGUACCUGCAGCAACAACAGCAGCAGUGGGGGUGGGGCUACCAGCGUUACGGCAACGCUCCUGGCCCCGCCUACCAGCAGUACCAGCGGUACGACUACAACCGGUACAAUGGCUACCCUAACUCGUGGCCCAUCGGCUCGACGAGGGAAGAUGUGCCUGGGUAUUGACUGACAGGCCGUCAUUACUGUAAUUACGUGUAAAUUAUAAUACAAUUCUAGUCAAUCUGUUCCUAGUUAAUGUGUUAUUUAUUAUUACCAAAGGACCAUACGGGGCCUCUUUAAUACGCGCUAUGCGUGUUUGUUAGUGUUGUGUGUGCGUGUGAGUGAGAGAGAUAUAUAUAUAAAAGGGGGGUAAGAGUGGAGGAUAUGGUGUAUAUAGGAAUGCCGUGCCGCGCAUGUUGUGUUGACAGAUUACUACGUAAUAUCGGCGUAGUUGCAGUUGUUGCAUGAACCGCCUUAAAGUUUGUUACUGAGGUCACCUGGACGGUUAUGGCUGGUAAGCGGGCGCAUUGUUGUGGACCAUUUAGUCAGAAUCAGGCCUCGAUCUCCGGCCUAUGUAAUUAAUGUAUGGAUUAAUUUUCUCCGUGAAUGAACCCUAACAAAUAUGUGUAUAAGUUUUGGUGCUAGUCUGAGUAAAAUGUAGAUAAAUGACUGUCUGGUUAGAUUUUCCUGUUAAUCAAUCGAGGGAACGUAUCACAUUUUCAAAAGUGUUCCUUUUUACCCACACUCCUAGCAAUGUUCGUGUGUGGAUGUGUCUGAUUCUCAGGCGGGCGUAGGCCCAAAUAUACCGUUAAGGUUUGCUCCCUUUUGAGGGACUCUGUCGACCUUUAUUCGAAAACGCCCCUCUAAGAGUCAGAGGCAGAGUUGCGCCAUUAAGUCUGAAGGGUCUGGACGGAGGGUACGUGUGUUAAUUAAAAGGAGUUAAUUAAAUUGGGGUGUUCAUCUUAAAUAAAUUAAACAAG